AUGCCCCUCUCUCGCCACACCGGCCAAAUCCCGGAGUCCACCUGGACCUUGGGCUUCAGGGAGAUGACGGAGCCCUGGAAAGGAGCCGUGGGCUGUCUCGGCGUGGCCGUCUUCUUCGCCAUGACCAUCGGCAUCAUCUCGUGGCAGGCUCUGGAGCAGCCCCCGGAGGAGUGGGUGCUGCGGGGCCGGGAUGCGGGGAUGCUGUGGGAGCGCGGCCGCGGGGCGCUGCUGCUGCGGGCGCUGCCGGCCGGCCGGCCCGUGCUGGCCAUCGCCGUGGGCAGCGUGCCGGCCACCGAGCCCCCGCCACCCCGGGACCGCUGCUGGCACGACGGUGGCCAGUUCUGCUAUUCCUGGGAGGAGGAUGCCGAGCUCCGGCUCUCCCUGGAGCCGCCGGCAGCUCCUGGAAGCGAGUGCUACAGCGUCCGCUGGACCCCGCUGCGCCCCGACGCCACCCUGAAGGAUUGUUUUUCCAUGGCCAAUGUCUCGUGGUAUGGGGGGCCAAGCAUCCGUGCCCAGCGCUGGCCCCUCAAUGGUGCCGAGAGCCCCGCACAGCCCUUGGUCAGUGGCGACCUCAGCACAAACCCCGAUGGCUUUGGGCCUGUCCUGGAGAGAUAUUUCCUGGGAUCCACAGGAGUGACGGUGACAGCGGCUCCUGACGUGUCCCUGCUGCUGUCCCUGGAGAGCCACCGCCAGUUCUGCCUGGAGACGCCGGCGGGACGAGCGGAGCCGCUGCAGUACCAGCUCUGUGUGAGCGCCGACGUGGCGGCCGCACACCGGCACAGGGCUGGAGCAGCUCGGACACCGCCGGACACCGCGCUCCUGCGGUCUCCCAUCUGGCGGUACCACGGCCCGGAAGGUUCUGCUGCCAAAGUCAGGCGAGGGCUGAGGUCGCUGGUGAGGAGGCUGAAGCGACAUCGCCUGCAGGAGGGCGUGGUGGCCCUGGGGGAGCGUGGCACCGCCGUCCUCGCCGCCGUGGACCUCGUGCCCUGGGAGCGCAGGAAGAGGCAGGUCCCGGCGCUGGUGGAACCUCUGGAGCUCUCCAUCACGCUGUCCCCGUACGCCAGUGUCACCUCCCCGCUCUUCCUGCGCUCCCUGCGGGGUGGAGAGGCUGCGGGAUAUUGGCUCAGCCGCCAGCCCCGACCUGGGGGCAGCUCGAUCCCACUGCUGACCACCUGGAAGGGGCAGCUCUGUGCCCGCCUGAACGUCACCAGCGAGGCAGCGCUGGGCUGGUACCUGGCUCGUGCCCGGCGCCUGCAGCAAGCGCUGGGGGCCACCUACGUGGCCUUCGAGGGAGUGGAGGGCAACUCCUUCCUGGAGCAGGAUGUCCCUGCUCCUGCUGAGCUGGUGGAUGAUGGAUACACCGAGGUGCUGGCGGCGGCGCUGGCGACGCUGGGCAAUGGCACCGUCAUCAGUGCCGGGACCAGAUCCAGUCACCUCCCACUGUUUGUCCAGAUGAGCCCCCUGAGCUCUGACUGGAGCCACGCUGGGCUGAAGGGGCUCAUCCCCUCUGUGCUGCACUACAGCCUGCUGGGCUACAACUUCUUCAUCCCUGAUGUAGUAGGAGGGAGCGUGGCUGGAGCCACUCCAGGGGACCCGGAGCUGUUUGUGAGGUGGCUGCAGAUUGUGACAUUCCUGCCCGUGAUGGCCUUUGGGACCCCGCCCUGGCUCUGCUGUGACACCUGGGUCUUGAAUCUGACCCGCCAGUGCAUCCAGAGGCACCGGGAUUUUGUUGUGCCACUGCUCCUAAAAUACAGUGAGGAAUGGCAGAGUUUGGGAUAUCCCAUCUUCCGUCCUGCCUGGUGGCUCAGCCCCACAGAUCCAGUUGCAUUCACCAUAGAGGAUGAGUUUCUCAUUGGAGAUGAGGUCCUGAUUGCUCCAAUAACAGAAAAGGGACAAACGUGGAGGGAUAUCUACCUGCCAGGAGAGGGGCACCUCUGGCUGGACACCAACUCUGCCCGAGUGUUUGAUGGCGGCACCACCCUGAGGAAUUACUCUGCCAGCCUGGCAGAGGUGCCAGUGUUUGUAAAAACCUCCUGA